GUUUUAGGCGCUCACUUAAAAUGGCGGCAGAGAGGCGCGGAGGAUGCUGGGAAGGCUAUUUGUUGCCAUUCUGUGGGCGUCGAGCGGGAUUAGCCAGCCUCCGUCAGGUCAAGGCAAAGGGGCCUUCGCCUGAACUGGCCUCAGAAGGAGCCCUGGAGGGAUUGAGAAGAUCCUGAAGGCAGGGGCACAAAUGUCACUCAGUCUAGAAACAUUAUUGGCAUAUGCCUGUGUGGGGGCCUCCUGAAACAAAUGGCAGUAUGGACUUGCCCAUAGGGGAUCAUUGGGGAAUGGUUGCCCAUAGAAGAGCAUUGGAGAAUACAUGCCCAAGAAGAAGAAUAGGAGAAUGCUUGCCCAUAGGGGAUCAUUGGGGAAUACAUGCCCACCAAAGGUCAUUGGAAAAUAUUUGCCCAUAGAGAGUAAUAGGAGAAUACUUGCCCAAAGAAGAGCAUUGGAAAAUAUUUGGCCAAAGAAGAUCAUUGGGGAAUACUUGCCCAAGCAGAAUAAUAGGAGAAUGCUUGCCCAUAGGGGAUCAUUGGGGAAUACUUGUCCAUAGUACUUUCAAUGGCAGUCAACCUCUAUGUCAUGUCAUAACAUUAGAAUUCAGAGCCCUUGUAAAAAAAGCCCAACAGGUGGUAUAUAUUCCAAAACCCAAAACUUGUUUACGUGUGGCUGGGAUAGUGACACCUUUGCUUUCUGGGGAUUCAUUGUGCUCAAAUGUGGUUUUGUGCACAAAAUUGUUUUAAAAUAUUGCAUAAAAUUCUAAAGUGUAUAUGAAACAUAAUGUUUUAAUCUUGGGUUCCGUCUCCAAGAGACCUUAUUAUGUAGGUAGAUGCUUAGGUAGAUGCAUGGAGAGGUGGUGCUGGAGAAGACUUCUAAGGAUUCUGUGGACAGCCAAAAAGACAAACAGAUCGGCCCUAGAACAGAUCAAGCCAGAAAUCUCCAUGAAAACCAAGAUGGAUCCAACAGCUGGUGACCAGUCAGCCACACUGCUCCCAUCCAACCUGUCCCUGCAUUGCUCUCUUUUGUCAGGGAACAUGGGCUGGAGCCACAGCACAGCCUCUGGCUGGCAACGAGAUGUGACACACAAAGUGUCGUGUAUCAGGUCAAGCCAAGGACUGCUGAACUUCAGUGGUACGCAGCGAUCCCGGUGCCAGCCUAGAUCUUUCACUUUCAAACGCCACCUGGAGAACAGAGAUCAGGAGCCCAGUUCCAAACACUUCCUCUCAGAAGACAAGAUGGCUGCCCGUUUCAACUCCCUUAGCCUGGACAAUGACCACAUCUACAGUUCCAAUGGUUUCCCUGUCCACAAUGAAGACCCCAUGUGGCAGCAGGCAUACACACGAUUGAAAGAGCUGCAACAGAGGCUUUUCCAAGAUGGAGUGCAUGAAGAAACCAGCUCAGAUGAUGAAGAUGAGCUCAACAAUGUAAUUGUGGACGGGGAAUACAUCAUGGCUGAGUGCCCCAUACUGCCGCAUCCUUCUCUCUUACAAGUGGAAGUUGGAGGAGUCAGUGUUACACCUGAACAAAUGUUUCUCUCUUUGAAUCCUUGUACAGAGGUUGUCCUAUGGAGCCCUCACAAUAAGUCAAUACACACCAUUCGGACAUUGAUGACUAUACCCUCUUCCAAGAGUGACUCUGUUCAGCCCCAGCAAAAAGCAGCAGCAGUAGAAGAGGAAAUGGAAGUAUGAGGCUUUCACUCCAACUUCCUGAUUUGGAAGUCAGGCUUCCAACCAGUAGCACUGUCACUGAGCAUCACAAAUUGUUUUGCAUCCACAUAGCAACACCCCAGGUUUUUGAAGUGCACUGCAAUAAUCUAAUCUUUUUUUUCCUCAUUGUGAAACAUAUAUGCACUCAUUUCUUGUGAACAUAUCGUGUGCUUCUUUUUCCUCUUCCAGUAAGAGGCUAGUGCAGCAAUAGUGUCAGAUGGUGCUAGAACUUAACUUGCAAUAUGUACUUUUAAGGACAUUUCAGAAUAGGUUUUCUACUCAUCUUUUAUACUUUUAUCAGAGGUGAGGUUUUAAUCUACAUCCAAAAGGAAGUUCAGUGUAUACAGUUUUCUCUUCACUUUCACUUAACAAAAAAGGCCUUCUGAACCUCUUGUUCCCACCAUGAUUGCUAUGUAGCCAACAAGCCAGCGUUAUCCCAGAGAGAAAUGGCACUGUAACUAGUGAGCACUUUGGAGAAAUAAAAAAGCAGAGAUGGGUUCUUAUCUAAA